GAGAAGAGGAUAUCAUGAAAAUUACACCGGUAUCGUGCAUAUUUUGUAGCAUGCAAGAAAAGAAAGAGUAAGAGAGAAAUAGACAGAGAAAAGGAGAGAGAAAAAGAGAUAGAGAACCGUUCCGCGGAUUAUUCUCUUUCUCUCUUUCUUUCUCUGUCCUCGUUCGUUCAAAGCCGUUGGCCGGGCCCCAAAUCGUCUAUCCUUGUUUCUCCUAAGGGACAAACUACUCGGCCCGUCGCUCUCACCUAAGUUAACCAAUCACAGCGCUCGGUCCAGCGGGCCCGGCGCAGCUGUUCCUCGACGACGACUACUCGCUGCAGCUUGCGUUCAGUCUGUCAGAGAGAGCCGUGACGCGCAGACCUUCGAGUUAGCAACGACUUAGCUGAGAUUUUCACUAACGCGUGGACUCAUUUUCUCUCUCUCUCUCUCUCUCUCUCUCUCUCUCUCUCUCUCUGUCUUUCUUUCUCAGUUGUAUGCUCGUUGAAACGUUCGAAGAGAAGACAGAGUGCGUGGCGGGAAUUCGAAUUCGUAGGGUCAGAAAUUUGUCGAUAUUGUGAUCGAGCGUCUCGAUUGACUGCUCGAUAAAAAAAUACGGGAAAAAUCGGUGGGAUCCAAGUGAAAGCGUCCUGUUGGAGAAGGGACGGUGGUGAGGAAGGAGAAGAAGGUGGUGGAGGAGUAAGCGAGAAAAUGGUGCGCGGUUUGUCCCAGUGGACGAAGACCCUGAGCUUUCCGGCCAGAGUGUCACCUCAGAGACCUGCCAAGGAGUCAAAGGGCUUUCAAGUCAGCCCUAGUGCCAGUCCUACUUCACCACCGAGUCCUAUAAACGAUACGAUGGACAAGACACCGAUUAUUACCGACGAGAAUUUCCACGACUUGGAAGCUGAAAAGGCAAUAAUGGGAUCCAUUGUUUACUGCAUACAUCACAAAGAUGGUUGCAAAUGGUCGGAUGAAUUAAGAAAAUUAAAGGCUCACUUGAAUACCUGCAAACACGAUGCAGUUCCAUGCAGUAAUAAAUGUGGUGCAAUGAUACCGCGUGUAUUGAUGGAGGACCACUUGAAGUAUACUUGCGCCCAACGGAGGGCACGCUGCGAUUUUUGUGCCAAAGAAUUUACCGGCCACACCCUCGAGAAACACACAGGUACAUGCGGAUACGAGCCGUUGUACUGUGAGAACAAAUGUGGAAUGAAAGUUCAAAGAAGACACUUAGGCCAGCACAAGUUGGGUGAAUGCGCCAAGAGAUUGGUUGCUUGUCGUUACUGCAACAAGGAGUUUGUCUAUGAUACGCUUGGUGCUCACCACGCAAAGUGCGGCCGUUUCCCAGUAGCCUGUCCUCAUCGUUGUGAGACCGCAGUUUUGCCGAGAGAAGAUCUCGAAGUUCACCUUAAAGAUCAUUGCACGACUCAUUUGCUCUCGUGCACGUUUAAGGAUGCCGGCUGUCGCUUUAAGGGUAACAGAUUUUCUUUGGAUAAACAUCUAGAGGAAUCAGCGAAAAUGCAUCUCAGCCUAAUGUGCAGCGUGGUGACGAAGCAGCAGCAUCAGAUAACGAGUCUAAAGUCUGCGAUCAGUAAACUUUCGUUGAAUUUUACUGGCACUCUUAUAUGGAAAAUCACGGAUUAUACAGCUAAGAUGUCCGAGGCAAGGGCCAAGGAAGGAAUGGAACUCGUCAGUCCACCCUUUUACACUAGUCAAUACGGAUAUAAGCUGCAGGCUUCGGUUUUCUUAAAUGGAAACGGAACCGGCGAAGGCAGCCACAUUUCUAUAUACAUAAAAAUUUUACCUGGGGAAUACGAUGCUCUAUUGCGAUGGCCAUUUUCUCAUAGCGUGUCUUUCACCAUGUUCGAUCAAACGGUCGUAGCAGAAAAAGCUUGCAAUAUCGUUGAAAGUUUUAUACCAGAUCCUACCUGGAAAAAUUUUCAAAGGCCCAGUCGUGAACCAGAUUCACUUGGUUUCGGAUUUCCACGAUUUGUCUCACACGAAAUGGUUAAAAAACGACAUUUCGUAAAGGACGACACAAUGUUUAUCCGAGUUAAAGUAGACCCUAGUAAAAUUGUCGCUGUUUAAUUAAGUAUAAUAUCAUCGAGGAUUACCGAAGAAAAUGUCUUUGAUAUUACAAUCGAGAUCGUUUUCUUUUUAAUACAUAAUAGUGUGCUCGAAUAUCGCAUAUGUGUGCUUUACAAGAGAAAAUUUUUUAAAUAUUGUUAUAUUCAUUCGUUGACAAAUUGUUAAAUGAUUUAAAAGAAAUCGAGCGAUAUUCGUGAAGAGAAAUUUUUGACAAAUAUUAUUCGUUAAUAUUUGACCCCUAUUACUUUGUGAUAAUGGUACUUCAGAGAUAGAAAAUAUGGUACUUAUAGCAGAGAUUGCUAAAGAAUUUAUUAAUUUUCCCAGUUAUUAUUAUGCUAUAGAAUAUAGUUGCAAUUUUUACUUUCUUCUUUACUUUUCUUUUUUUUUCUUUUUUUUUUUUUUUUUUUUUUUUUAAUAUAUAUAUAAAUCUACACAUAUGAAACUGAGAUAUAAUUUUGAUCAGAUCUUCUUUUAUAUAUGCAAGCUAUAUUUAUAGUAUUAAUAACUUGUUGAUAUUACGAAGUGCUACUUACGCUGCCGAUAUUCUUUUGAUAAAGCAUACACUCUUUUUAUACCCGUAUAUUUAUAUCUAUAUAUUAUCGAAAAGAAAUUAUUUUGUACGAUUUAUAUAAGCAGCUCCAGACACAACGAAUUUUAAUAACACGUCGCGAUUUUGCCACCAAAUAUUAGUACAUUACAAUCUUAUAUACGAUACGAUAUUAGAAAAGAAUUACACUUCUGCUACUUCGUUCUUUUUUCUUUUAUAUAUAUAUAUAUAUAUAUAUAUAUAUAUAUAUAUAUAUAUAUAUACAUAUAUGUUACGACGACAUUCGAAGUUAUUUCUAAUUUAAUGAUCUUUUACAUGUUUCGUACGCGUAUAUUAAUAGAAAGUCACUGUAAUUCAUGAAUAUCAGUUUUCUCAUUUUAAAGUUUACAUUUCGAUGUAUAUUACAAGUGGCCUUAGAAUCAAUUAUAUAUAUAUAUAUAUAUUUAUACAUAUAUAUAUAUAUACACACACACACGCAUAUAUAUAUAUAUAAGUAUUUAUCUUUAAGACAUCAAAUCAAAGAUGAUUAAGGGACUGUAUACUAUAAGUUUAGAAGAUGUAAAUAAUGUGAGAAACCAUAGAACAUGAAUGGAAGAGGUGUACCACUGUAAAUACGCAUUUAAUAAUGAUAGUGAUAAUGAGAACAUGUGAUUGAGAUGCUAGUGACUGUAUGAUGUACUGAGAUAAAGUAAAUUAAGUAAUAAAACUAUUCUACAACA